AUGACUGCUAUCAUUCUAUUCGUUGUCAAGUAUCAAAACAUUGGUGUUCACUUCAACCUAAAAGUCUUACCUGAUUUAUUGAGAAUGUUUUACUGGUUCAAGUGGUGGAUUUUUGGUGAUAUUUUAUGUCAUUGUUGGACCCUAGCUCAUGUUGAUAAUAUUAUUAACAAUUUAUCAAACCGUUCGUGGAUUUUAGACAAUGAUUUCAAAACUCUUGUUGAUGUGUCUUAUCCUUUCUCUCGAUGUUGUAAUAUUUACAUUGAUGGUGACGACAGAGGAGUGCAAGUGUUAUUCAAUCAAUUUAGAGAAUCAUAUCCCUUCGAUUAUUACGUACGACGUCGUCAGUACGAGUGUCAAGGAUACUUUUUAGUAUCAACUUCAGCUGAAAGAAUUAUUAAAGCCAUGAAAAAAGUUCCAACGAAAAUUUCUACAACAGAGUUAUUAAUUAUUAUCAAUAAUUACAUAAAUGAAUCUUCACCGCUUUUAAAUGUCAAAUUAUUUAAAUAUUCUGAUGUAAAUGUGGUUGCUAAAUCAGGAAAAUGGUCAUUAUCGGGAAAUUUUUUGUAUCCAAGAGAAUUCAGAAGUGUAAUCAAAUAUGAUGAUAUGAAACACGACAGCGGAAUAGUUAAUUUACAAGGACGACAGUUGCAAAUAGCUACUGUUUACAUUCCGCCUCACUCUUAUUUAUCAACAACUCAGAAAAAAAUUGAGAAAGGACUUAAACGGGAAUUUUUCACUCCUAAAAACAAACGUGAAUUUGAUGGCGUGGAGGUCAAGCUGUUCUUGGUGAUAGCUGAAAGACUUAAUUUCACUUGGCUAAUACGUAAACCUAAAGAUCGUCGUAGAUAUGGAAGGCCAAACGGCACGACUUGGAGUGGUGGAAUGAUUGAUCAAAUCCUACAAAAUGAGGUGGACGUAGCUUUUGGUGGGAUAUGGUUAAAGCAUGAUGUUUAUCAAUAUGUAAAUCUAACACAACCUUGGUAUCAGCUAUUCAUUCACUUUUUGGUCCCACGACCUAAACCUCGUCAGAGUUUUUGGGCCUUAACUCGACCAUUGUCUCCAACAGUUUGGCUGGUAUUAAUCCUGGUGAUAAUUAUCCAAAGCCUGAAUGUUUACACAAAGGCUUGGAUUAAUCCAGAUGUUCCAUCAAGAUUUAAAGAUUAUCCAUUGACUCUUAUGGAAUUAACUGGUCGUCUAAUUGGCAUUUGGGCACCAUCUAAAAUUGAAGGAUUAAAAAUACAAUUACAUCUGUGGCACAUAGCUGGUCUUCUUUUAGUCACUGCCUACUCCAGUAGCUUAGCAGCUAGAUUAACGACUCCUGAUUAUGAGCAAAGGAUCGACACUGUUCAUCAGUUCAUAGAAAACAACCUUACUUGGGGCAGAGAAGGAACAAUGCCGAAUUUUGAUGACUAUUUUGAUCUAAAGGAUCCUGAUGCAGGACAACUUCCUGGUAGGUUUGAGCUACAUAAUUCCUCUGAUGAAAUUCACAAUAAGAUACUUGAAGGCAAUUAUGCAAUCGUUGGCACAAUCGUUGAAUCAAUCUUCUUUCCCGAAAAUGAUAUCUGUGGUGAAGAUCUUGCUAAUUAUAGAGUAAUGAAAGAUAGCAUCGGUGAUUAUUAUCUGUCAUUUGCAGUACAGCCAUGGCUUUUAAAGUCCUUUGACAAAGUAAUUCUAUGGAUACGAGAGACUGGACUAGCGAUGUACCAUCUCAACAACGUCAUUCACCGCAGAACAAGUAUUAAUCUACGAGAAGUUUUAAUAGAACAUGAUGUUGAAGCUAAUGAAGCUACCGCUUUAAUUAUGACUCCCCUUGGAGCUGGUUUUACAAUGCUUAUUAUAGGUCAUUUAGUAGCUCUAGUAAUGUUUUACGUUGAACUUAGGUCUAUUAAUCAGAAAACAGUACCUAGUGGAUCAACUCCAUCAUCAAGAUCUGCUAGAUCAGUAAAAUCUACGAAAAGUAGCACAAUAGUAAAUGAAAAGACGGAAAUAAAUACCAAUAAAUUAGGAGAUAAUUUUUUAUUGAAAAAUAAGAAGACUUAGAAAGCAGUUGGAGUGAGUAAAUUAGGCUGGAAGAUGAUCUCCAACUGGGUGGAAUCCAUUUUCAUCAGCAGUAUAGGUGACUUUGUAGCUCUGGUUGGUUACUGGAUCAACGUAACUGAAGCUACCGCUAACUACAUAAUAAGCUUGACUUUCAACACCAGCUGCACUUCGAAGUUGGGCAGAUUGUUCGACUGAUUGUCCAUCAUUUAAUUGGUAACUGUAACUGUAAUCACCAACUCCAAUGUUGUCAUGAACUUUUUCCUGGACAACUUGGACUUGUUGUUGCUGCUGUUGAGCUGGAGCAGCUAGGGAUACAGCCACGAGGGCAGCAAGAACGAUGAACUAGACAUAAUAAAAAUAAUUAUUAUUAAUAAUUACAUCUAAAAUAUUUUUUAUACAAUAAUUAAUACACAAUAAUUGAUUCACGCACCAUUUUCAUGAUGAUAGAUGUUUUGUUAAAAGCCUGAGUCAAUCAGAUCGAACAACUGUGUCUUGAAUGAUCAAUUUUGCGGGUUUUUAUACCAUUUAAGUUCCCUAAAAACUUGAUUGAUAUCAACUCCCACUCAAAAUUUCUUCUACAGUGUUAAAUAGGUAGAAGAUAUCCCACCUACUAGAACUUGACACUUUUUCUUUUUUUUUUUGACGACAUCGAUGUCCGCUUUUGUGUUGCCCAAAAUGCUGGAGAUGGGUUU